AUGUGGCAAGUAAUAUUAUGUAUGAUCAUAUUUGCUUUGGCGGAAGCUCAGCAAAUUGUGGUCACAAAUGGAACUAGUGGCCAGCAAUGCCCAUGGAGGAGAUGCAUCAAUGGCUAUGCAGACUGUGUUAACGGCAAAACUUGUGUCUGUCGGCCACCCAGGCAGCUGGACCCCAACAACGGCCACUUUGGAUGCUACAGGAAUAAUAACGUGUUUGGCGAGGUGUACAAUGACCCUGAAGUGAGAAACAUGAACAACGAAACAUCGCCUUUCCCCUUCCCCUGCAGAUACCUGCUCACAAGCCUUACUACCGUCCUGAGGAUUCGCAAAAAGAAUGUCGGCUUCUGCAAGUGUGACCUCCACGCAUUCAACCUGAAGUACAAGGGCAAGCUCUAUGUUGGAGGCUUCGACUUAGCCUGCAGGAUCAACAACAACGUCCUGUACGAGCAGAUCGGCUUCUCCACACGCAUCGUUGGCAUCGCCAACAAUGGGGUUUACACGUACUCUGAGGAAGGCACCCUGUCUUACCUACCCGACGGUCCCUGGACCUCCACACCUGUAGACAUCACAGGAGCCGGUGUUACAGUCCGCAGCCAUUACGACACCGUCAACAACCAAGCCGUUAUGGAAAUACCCGAGUGUGGAUCCAGAAUUACAUUUGUUGCCUACGAUGUGGAAUCGAGGCUGCAGCAACAACAGACUCCAGGCCUUUCGUUUACCUUUAACUGUGCGCUCCAGCCGUACUUCCAUGAACACGACAGAGUUAUCGCCACUGCACCCAAAAGGUUUGGAGGACAGACGUACGCCGAGCUGGCCCAGACUCCAUUCUCCAUCACUGAGGCUUUACUCAUUAGAGCCUUCACUUCUGGAGUGGUCCAGAACCACCCUGGAGCAUCUCCUCAGUGUACCUCCAUAGGAAACAUCCUGGCUGCUUGCUCGCAGCCAAACCUCGACAAAACCGCCAAGGGAUGCUUCUGGAUGUGGGAGAAGCCCAAAUUUGUCCGCUGCAUAGAUCCCGGCAACUACACGGAGCCCGUCAUGGAACUCUACGAGAAAUGUGCAGGCGUACACUGUGCCGGUACACCAACAUGCAACAAUUUCGUCAGCGAUAUGACUGGAUCCGGAUGUUCCACGGUGUCUGGCAUACCUCAGCUGACGGACAUCGUCAACGGAAACUUCUGCCCGUAG